AUGGUCCGAAAACACAAAACAAAGUCCCGAGACAGUCAAAAUACAGAUUCGAUCGGGAAUUUGAAAAGAAAAUCCAAAUCAAAGUCAAAGUCAAAAUCGAAAAUGGAAGGAACUCAUUCAACAACAUCACAACAACUUCUUACUUGGGGAAAACUUCAUCCAUUCUGUUUGCCUAAACCAUUACUAGAGAACCUUACUCUAAGACCUCGACCACUUGCACCACAUCAAAUUGAAUCAAACAAUCAUCAAUCUAAUUUAACUCAGGAUGAAAAUAUAUCGGAUGGAAAACUGGGUUGUCUGGUUUGUGAUACCCACUUCGAUGAACCUUUGGCUCAACGUGCUCAUUUCAAGAGUGACUGGCAUCGCUAUAAUGUAAAACGUGGUCGAAAAACGGCACCUUUGAAAGAAUCAGAAUUCCAAGCGGUACUUGAAGCAUUAGAGGAUUCAUUAAGUGGUUCGGAAGAUGAAGAUGAUUCUAGUUCAGAAGAAGAAGAUCAUAAAUCAGAACCAAGCGAUUCAGAAGAUCAACAAGUUUUAUCAAAUCCUGUUCAGAAUAGUCCUUUGAUUUGGUUUACUGCUUCAAAUUUAUUAGGAGAAGGAGUACAGUUUGGAAUUUAUCGUUGUAUUCUUCCUCAAUUCUCUACUCGGAAAAUCACUUCUAAUCAAGGUGAAUUAACAGAAGAAGAACAGAGGGUAGUCAUCUUGAAUGAAUUGAAUGGAUUGCAGUGUGAACCGAAGCCAGGUCCAAGUUCAAAUCGAAUGGUCAAUUUGGAAACCGAUGAAACUCCUCCUGUUCGAACCUGGGCUUUCUUUAUGGUUAGUGGUGGUCAUUUUGCGGGUAUGAUUGUUAGUACCACACCCGAGCUACGUCAUGUUGCUCGUAGAAAACAAGGUGGGGGUCAAGGUACUCAUGAUACUAGCGGAAAGGGUAUGGCCAAGUCAGCAGGUGCAAAUCUGAGAAGAUAUAAUGAACAAGCAUUGACUGACGAAAUUCGGGAUCUUCUUGCUUCUUGGUCUCAGUCAAUCGCAAACUGUGAACUACUUUUUAUUAGAGCUAGUAAACAAAACUCUAAAAUCUUUUUCAAUUAUGAUCAAUCGGUCUUAGAACGUAGUGAUCCACGUAUCCGUAGUUUUCCUUUCCCAACCAGACGUCCUACUUUGAAUGAAUUGAAAAGAUGUUUUCAUGAACUCACUCGAGUUCAGAUAACUCAUCUCACAAAAGAAGAAUUAGAAGCAGCCGAUCAGCUUUACCUAGAUUCAUUAUUACCCCGAAAACCACUACCUAUCAAACCUCAAGCUGCCCAACCUAAGAAGAUCACGAACAAUAAACCAGAGAUCGAUCCAGCCGAGCAACGUCUUCAAGAUCGUUGGGAGAGGUUUAUAGAAAUGAUUCGAAAAGGACGUCUGAGUGCUAUACAGGACUUUGUGGUCAAAUAUAAUGAAGAAGGAGAGCCUGAUUGGACUGGAUUGUUACCUGAAUUCUUGGUAGAAAAGAAGCAUGUAGGGAGCGUCCUUCAUUUGGCUGCGAUGUGGGAUCAACCUGAAGUGGUAGAAUGGCUGCUUAUUGAACGAAGAUGUGAUCCAACAAUUGUGGUAGAUCGAGAAGAAGGAGGACCAAAGAUGUUAGGCAUGACGCCAUACGAAGUUGCAAGUUCACGUACCACUCGGAAUGUAUUUCGAAGAGCGAUGGCGAAUUAUCCAGAUUGGUAUGAUUGGUUAAAAAAAGCUAAAGUGCCUAGUGGAUUAACAGAAGAAUUAGAAUCACAACAAAUCUUAAAAGAGAAUUUAAGACAACAGAAAUUGAAAGAAAAACUAAAAGAAAGAGAUCGGGUUAGAGAACAGAAUGAAGCUCGUGAACGUAAGGAAAGAGAAGAAAGGUUAAGUGGUGAUCAACGUGCGAGGUUAGAAAGAGAAAGAAGAGCUCGUGCUGCAGAGGCUAGGUUGAAUAAAUAAUUUUCAAUUUUGAAUUCAAAAUUCGCUGCGAUAAAUAUUUUGUAUCAUAUCACUUCAUUUAUAAAAAGAAAUGAUUGUGAAUUGGAAAUUGGAAAUCAUUCGAGCUUAUCUUACAUAUGUGUUCCUUUUCAAUCUUAUAAUCAGUUUAGAAUGGACAAGUGAUUCAUUGUGUGCGAAAUCUUGUAAAAACCAAACGUAUUUCUUCUUUAGUUCUUUCUUCAUGUAUCUUUCGACUUUAAACAUGAAAAAUCAGGUGGUGACAAAUUGGAUUUG